AUGUCUCGCAUUACAUCCGAUAAAUACGUGCCAAACACGACGGAUGUGCUGCGAUCGCGGGUCCGCACGAAAGGUGUGGUGGAGACUGAGUUCAAAGUGGACCAACUGGUGAUCCGGAUGUACGACGUGGGCGGACAGCGGUCUGAACGUCGCAAAUGGGUUCAGUGUUUCGACGACGUGAAGGCACUCCUGUUUGUGGUGGCCAUCAAGUUCAAAGUGGACCAACUGGUGAUCCGGAUGUACGACGUGGGCGGACAGCGGUCUGAACGUCGCAAAUGGGUUCAGUGUUUCGACGACGUGAAGGCACUCCUGUUUGUGGUGGCCAUCAGUGAGUACGACAUGACUCUCAUCGAAGACCCCAAUAAGAAUCGUUUGCGGGAAUCGUUUCAAUUGUUCUCCACUUUCUGUAAUAGUGUUUACUUCAGAUUCACAGCAACUGUGAGUAUGGGUUGUGCUCUGGGAUGGGAUCUAUUGGCUAUAUACACCUCAUUAAAGUUAUUAUUUCUCAAUAAAUUAGAUCUCUUUCGUGAGAAGAUCUUAUUCACGGACCGACAGCUCCGGUAUUUUGUAGCUGAAUAUAUGGGUCCCGACCGGGACUGUGAUGCGGCCGCUCUGUUCAUUCAGCACAGAUUCAACGCUAUGUCUGCCACCCAUAACCAGAAUAAAAGGGUAUUCUCUCACUUCAUAACCGCCACCGACACCAGUAAUGUGAAGGAAGUGUUUCAGUCAGUCAUUCAGACCAUUGUGAGGGAAAACUUGAGACAAUCGACGCUUAUUUAAAUGAAAACAAAUCCAGAAUCAAUAGCUCAAUACAUUUUUGUCACAGAAUUGUAUCAUUCAUUGAAUUCAACCAUCAAAUCAAAUAUCAUAUCAAUUUUCAUAUCCAGUGUUAUUCUGUUUGUGAGAAACAAAUCCAAAGUCUAUAUGAUCUGAAACCAC